UGACAACUCACUCUCUUCCAGCUGUCUCUGUCUCUCUCUCUCUCUCUCUGUCUCUCUCUCUCUCUCUCUCUCUCUCUCUCUCUCUCUGUUUCAAUUCCGAGGCAUUCCCUGUUAAUUAAGAGCUUGAUUAUACACUUACCACGACGUUUAGAGCAACAAAGAAAAUGGCCUCGAACUCACUCUUGUCAAAGAUUGCAACCAAUGAUGGACAUGGCGAGAACUUGGCUUACUUCGAUGGAUGGAAGGCGUAUGACAGAAACCCAUUUCACCCGACUCAGAACCCCGAGGGUGUUAUUCAGAUGGGUCUUGCAGAAAAUCAGCUUUCUUUCGACGUGAUUGAAGAGUGGAUUAAGAAAAAUCCCGAGGCCUCCAUUUGCACUCCCGAAGGAAUUGCGGAGUUCAAAAAUGUAGUUAACUUUCAAGACUAUCAUGGCUUUCCAGACUUCAGAAAGGCUAUUGCUAACUUCAUGUCAAAGGCGAGAGGAGGCAGAGUCAAAUUUGAUCCUGAUCGCGUAGUCAUGGCCGGCGGAGCCACUGGAGCUAACGAGACGGUCAUGUUUUGCUUGGCUGACCGCGGAGAUGCUUUCCUAGUUCCCUCUCCUUACUAUCCAGCGUUCUACCGAGACUUGGGGUGGCGAACGGGAGUGAAAAUUGUUCCAGUCGAUUGUGAUAGCUCAAACAAUUUCCAAGUGACCAGAGCAGCACUUGAAGCAGCCUAUGAAAAGGCCCGAAACAACAACAUCAACAUAAAGGGCUUGAUCAUAACAAACCCUUCAAACCCAUUGGGGACAACCGUAGACAGAGACACACUCACUAGCUUGGUCAAAUUCAUCAAUGACAAGAACAUCCACUUGGUCUGCGACGAAAUAUACGCAGGCACAGUGUUCAGCUGCCCAAAAUUCACUUGCGUUACAGAGGUCCUACAAGACGUGAAGAAUUGCAACCGCGAUUUGAUUCACAUUGUCUAUAGCUUGUCCAAGGACAUGGGUGUCCCCGGCUUAAGGAUCGGGAUCGUUUACUCCUACAACGACGCCGUCGUGAACUGCGCUCGCAAGAUGUCAAGUUUCGGCUUGGUCUCCUCCCAAACUCAACACAUGCUCUCCGCCAUGCUUCUGGACGAUGAAUUUGUCUCCAACUUCCUUGAGACCAGCUCUAAGAGGCUGGCGAGGAGGCACAGGAUUUUCACUACGGGGCUCGAAAAGGUAGGCAUCAACUGCUUGAAAGGCAAUGCCGGGCUCUUUUGCUGGAUGGACUUGAGGAAGCUGCUCAAAGACCAAACUUUCGAGGCGGAAAUGGUGCUGUGGCAUAUGAUUAUCAACGAAGUGAAGCUCAACGUUUCGCCGGGGUCUUCCUUCCGUUGCGUGGAGCCCGGUUGGUUUAGGGUUUGCUUCGCGAACAUGGAUGAGCAUACAGUUGAAGUUGCAUUGAAGAGGAUUAGAGCAUUCGUGGGAGUAGAAGGAAACAAGAAGAGUAAUAAUGCAGAUCACCAGAUGUUUGUGAACAGUCCUAGGAAGAACCGUUGGCAAGACGGUCUGAGGCUUAGCUUUCCAGCAACAAGAAGAUAUGAAGAGGUCAUGUCCCCUCGUAUGAUAUCUCCUCAUUCACCAAUGCCUCACUCGCCUCUGCUUCGAGCAAGUUAAAAAAGUAUAACUCAUCCACUCAACCUAGCUAUCUACUCUAGUAAAUAAUUCGAGGUUGAUUAGUAAUGCUUGAUUUAAACUUUAUACGUACACGGCCAUGAUAAAUUUUUUCCCGUUAACUACUUUGGGUGCUGAUGCAGUCUGCUUGCUCAAAGGUUUUUUCAUAUGGGAUAUCAGAAGUGUUUCAUAUAUGUAGGUUGUCCAUGUAUAGAUUGGGCAACUAACCCUAGCCAGAAUUAUAUGAAUAUCGUUGAUCGGUGCAAUCUUGACUUGUGUAAUUCAUGCUAUGCCAUGAUAAUCGGUUUGUUGUAUGUUCUUAAUUUACUAGUUAAUGACAAGUGUGGUUAUUUAGUGAUUUGAA